AUGUCACUUAAAAAUGGCAAACCAGAAAAGAAAAAACCAAGAGCAAUGCCUGUAGAAGCAAUAGUAACCCGGUACAAAUCUAAACAAAAACAACUGGAAAAGGACCAGCAGAGCACCACAAGUAGUAUAGUUGAUGUGAAAAAUCAAAAAUCAUGUAAAAAAAUUGUUCAGAAAGCAAAGAAAGUACAAAAAAAACAUGUUGUGAAAACAGUUGAAGAAGAUGAAAAGCGAGAAUUGUAUCCAAAUAAAGUUAAAAGAAAGAUUGGUAAUAAAAAGAUAGUGCUUCUACCGAAGAAUCAUUUCAAAUUAAUUGGUGCAAUCAAAGGUUGUAAUAAAAGAAAACUGUGUAGACCAAGAAAAGAAAUACCCUAUCAAAAGCGGCAAAGGCAUAAUUCAAAUUCAUCCAAUGAAUCAAAAAUAAAACAAAAGGAUAUAUCUAUAAUAGACAUGGUGAAGGUAAUGGAAGACAGUAAGAGUUUAGAUGAUGAGGAUUUAUUGGAAAUUCUAACUUGUCCGAGCCCAGUGUGGUGGGAAGAUCCUCCUGAUGGGUAUAUAGAAGAAGCAAUAUUCUCCAGACCACAACCAAAAUUCGUGCAGAAAAGUGUCAAAAGUCAGAUUCUGGAAGAACAGAAGAAAGAAGAGGAAAGAACAAAAAUAGUAUCCAAAGUAGAUUUAAGUAACCAAAAAAUUGACAGUGAAAUGAAGAUGCCGUCAAUAACUAUAAAUGUUGAAAACCGCGAUAAAACUUUUAUUAAUAAGCGAUCUAAAUUAGAAACAUUAUUAGGUAACAUUAAAAACAAAGCAAGCAAUACAAAAGUUAGUGAUACAAAAGACAAUUUAAUUAAAAAAACUAAACAUUUCAAAAAAAUUCAAAAUUUGAAAAAUAAAACUGGUAAAUUUUUGAAUAAAAGAACGAAAUCGAUUAAUAAGUCUCAAAAUGGGAAAAAUAAAAUCGAUUCAAAUGUACUAAGAAAUAAUUUGGAAAUAUCCCAAAGUGACGGUUCAAAGGAUGGAAAUGAAAAAGAUAAUAAAAACGAUACAGAAAUAAAAGUGAAAAGUGAGAAUAAAAAACGUAAUUCAGACAGUUUCAAUCUCUCAGACUUCGAAGACGAUGUUUUAAAUAAUUUAGAAAAUAUCGAUAUACCUAUAGAGAAGUUGGAUGAUGAUAAAAAUUUCACAUUAAAUAUGAAAAAGGAAGAAAAAGACGAAAAUUUACGACGUAAUUCCAUCGAAUCAAAUUUGAGCGAAAAAAAUAUGACAGCUGAAUAUUUAGACAUGAGUGUAUUCGAUGAUGAUAUUAUGGAAACAAAAAUGGAGGAUUCGCCAAUUAGUAUUGUUAAAAUAGAAAAAAAUACUGCAGAAUGUGAAAAUUUUGAAAGUGUUAAUAACAAAAAAGAGAAAAAAAAUAAUUCUAAUUCUAAAAGCUUUGAAUCAGAACAUGUCACUGUUUAUAAGAUAAUUAAUAAUGAAUUAAAUAACGAAGUGAAUAAAUUAAAAAUAAUACUAGCAAAAGACGAUACCAAAAUAGCUCAAAACAUAGAUAAAUCUAAGGAAAAUAAUGGAAAAAUAAACAAUUACUAUAAACAAUGUAAAAAGAUUAAAUUAAAUAACAAAAAUGUUAGUGAAUUGACAAAAACCGAUGUAACUCCGAUGGAAGUACAAGAAAAAUCGAUAUUGAUAUCAGAAUCGGAUGCAGUUAGAUAUUGUUUUAUUUGUUCGUCGAUUUUCGAUAAAGAAAGCUGUGAUUAUUGUGAGAAGAAAGGUUUGAAAAGGAAAAAAAUGGUAUUUUCUUGCGACGUUUGCGGAUUAAAAGUUAAUACUAAGCAGGAAAUGAUAAAACAUUUGGAAGAACAUAUACAUAAUAUAAUACAG